GUCUGUGUGUGUGUUCAGCAGUGGAUCUGUGCUGCCAUCUGCAGGUAUAACGGGAUAAAGGGUUGAAUUCUGCUGUGUCACUGUGAACUUCACUGUUAAAGAAAUUGUGUGAAUAACCGAUUGUAGGAACUGAUGCUAAAACUUUCAGUUCUUUCAGUUCUUUCAGUAAUAUAAGAUCAUGCGCACUAAUCACGUCUCCUCAUCAGCUGCACUCCAGCUCAACUGGGGCGAGUCACUUUCCAUUAUGCAAACUCCUCACUUCCUCCUCAGGUCCGUGAAAAAGAAACUCAAGUUUACGACGAGAGGAACAUAAAGCAGUUUAGAGGAAAAACACAACUGACGUCUGUGUCUCCACCCUGACGUCUGUGUCUCCAUCCUGACGUCUGUGUCUCCAUCCAGAGGUCUGUGUCUCCACCCUGACGUCUGUGUCUCCACCCUGACGUCUGUGUCUCCACCCUGACGUCUGUGUCUCCAUCCAGAGGUCUGUGUCUCCACCCUGACGUCUGUGUCUCCAUCCAGAGGUCUGUGUCUCCACCCUGACGUCUGUGUCUCCAUCCAGAGGUCUGUGUCUCCACCCUGACGUCUGUGUCUCCACCCUGACGUCUGUGUCUCCACCCUGACGUCUGUGUCUCCACCCUGACGUCUGUGUCUCCAUCCAGAGGUCUGUGUCUCCACCCUGACGUCUGUGUCUCCACCCUGACGUCUGUGUCUCCAUCCAGAGGUCUGUGUCUCCACCCUGACGUCUGUGGAAACAAAGGCAGCUCUACUGUUUGUGAGAUAAUGAAACUGAAACUGAGCAGCUUGUGAGGAGAGGACCGAGUGAAAACACACUGUAUCCUGCAGGGGUUGCCAUAACUUUCUUAACAAUCCUCUAUGGACAAUAUGACAGCCGGUCAGAGACUGCAGUGUUGUGAUCUCUCAGAGGAAAGCUGUAGAGCUCUGUCCUCAGUUCUCAGCUCCACCUCCUCCAGACUGAGAGAACUGGACCUGAGUAACAAUAACCUGCAGGAUUCAGGAGUGAAGCUGCUCUCUGCUGGACUGAAGAACCCACACUGUACACUGGAGAUACUGAGUCUGUGUUGGUGCGAUCUCUCAGAGGAAAGCUGUAGAGCUCUGUCCUCAGUUCUCAGCUCCACCUCCUCCAGACUGAGAGAACUGGACCUGAGUGGAAAUAAACUGCAGGCGUCAGAAAUUACACUGCUCUCUGCUGGACUGGAGAAUCCACACUGUACACUGGAGACACUCAGGUUCUGUUGUUGUAAUCUCUCAGAGGAAAGCUGUAGAGCUCUGUCCUCAGUUCUCAGCUCCACCUCCUCCAGACUGAGAGAACUGGACCUGAGUAACAAUAACCUGCAGGAUUCAGGAGUGAAGCUGCUCUCUGCUGGACUGAAGAACACACACUGUACACUGGAGAUACUGAGGUUGUGUUUGUGUGAUCUCUCAGAGGAAAGCUGUAGAGCUCUGUCCUCAGUUCUCAGCUCCAACUCCUCCAGACUGAGAGAACUGGACCUGAGUAACAAUAACCUGCAGGAUUCAGGAGUGACGCUGCUCUCUGCUGGACUGAAGAAUCCACACUGUACACUGGAGAUACUGAGAUUAUAUGGUUGCUGUCUGACAGGGGAAAGCUGUAGAGCUCUGUCCUCAGUUCUCAGCUCCAACUCCUCCAGACUGAGAGAACUGGACCUGACGGAUAAUAAACUGCAGGAUUCAGGAGUGACGCUGCUCUCUGCUGGACUGAAGAAUCCACACUGUACACUGGAGAUACUGAGGUUGUGUUUGUGUGAUCUCUCAGAGGAAAGCUGUGGAGUUCUGUCCUCAGUUCUCAGCUCCACCUCCUCCAGACUGAGAGAACUGGACCUGUGGGACAAUAAACUGCAGGAUUCAGGAGUGACGCUGCUCUCUGCUGGACUGGAGAACCCACACUGUACACUGGAGAUACUGAGACUGGCGCGCUGCAGUGUUACAGAAGAAGGUUGUGUUGCCUUGGCUUCAGCUCUGAGAUCAAACUCCUCCUCACAGCUGAGAGAACUGAACCUGGACUACAAUAAACCAGGAGAAUCAGGAGAGAAGCUGCUCUCUGAUCUACUGAAGGAUCCACACUGUACACUGGAGACACUGCAAACUCCAACCUUGACAGUAUGGGGUAAAAGAACCAGGCGAGGAGAAGAAGGAGAAGGAGAAGGAGAAGGAGAAGGAGCGGGGCACGACAGCAACAUGGAGAAAGACGGACUGGAAAGUCUUCUGGUCCGGGGGCCGCUGAGAAAGCUGCUCUGGACAUUAGGCCCAUCCAGCAAGACCUGAGAGGUCUACAGCUCGACACGCUGGAUAUAAAAACAACUGAAAAGCUGAUAUGGAGAAAUGAUUGUGCAGUGAAAGAGUGUGACAGGAUACUGAGUGCCUUCAAUCAAAUGAUAGCUGAAGCUGAAACGUUAAAAGAACGUGCUGAAUACAGGACUGAAUACAUUAGGGAAUGAAAUCAGAGACAUGGGAGAGUAGCGAGACUCUCUAAUCUUGCUAGACAAAUAGAUGAAAUGGAGAGACUGAUAGAACGAUUAAAUCUGAAGAAAGAACAGUAAAAAACCAUACAUCCUGUUUCUCCUUCCUGUUUUUUACAGCCGGCGCUAAAAACACAGCUUUAAGACGAGUGCUCAAAACCCACAAUCCCCCCGCCUCUGUUAUCUGUUGAAGACCCGAAUACGGGCAUGCCUCCUGCUUCUACACGCCGCUGCAGAGCUUUCGCUCGUGACCGCAUCCGAGCACCGCGGAGACGCGGACUCCAGCGCUACCGCACGCGAGAGGUGUGUAUCCGCUCCGAGCAGACGAGCGCUCGGGGCCGCGCCUCGGGGCCGCGCCUCGGGUCAAGGUCAUUCGUUUUAGUUUCUUGUGAAGGAAGAAAAACUAUCUGAUCCUGCGCGAUCGAAAAAGGGGUUAAUUUUAUGUCUCUUCUUAAAAGAAAACUAUUUUCACUCUCUGCGUAGUCGCUGGUGUUUCUUUCUUUUAUUUUCUUUAUAUUCUGAGUUCAGAUAAUUGUAAUCCUAAUUGUUCUUUAAUAAACCGAAGUCCAUUCAAAGGGACGAUUCGUAUAUCUUA